GCUGGUUUGAUUGCCUACUCGUGAAGUUCGCCAUCCAGUCUUCUACCCACCUGCAGGAGAGAAUCAUGGCUGGAAAGCUGACUACGGCGCAAGGCACAGGAAUACUGCUCGUGACAGCCAACGUCGGAUCCCUGUUCGAGGAUCCUGAAAAUCUUCAGAAAACAUGGCUGAGGGAGUUUUACCAGACAGUUCAGUCACAUAAGCCUCAUUUCUUAGCUGUGCACUGUCAAGAAGUGGGUGGAAAGAAUUAUGCGGCUUCCAUGUCACACGUGGACAGUUUUGUCAAAGAGCUGUUGUCCAGUGAUGCCAUGAAGGAGUACAGCAGAGCUCGUGUCUACCUCGAUGAAAACUACAAGUCCCAGGAACAUUUCACAGCGCUGGGGAGUUUCUACUUCAUUCAUGAGUCUUUGAAAAACAUCCAGCAGUUUGAUUUCAAAGCAAAGAAAUAUAGGAAGGUGGUUGGGAAGGAAACCUGCUCCGAGACCCUAGAAAGCACACCCUGCCUGGAAAAAGAGAAGUUUCCACAGGACUACUUUCCUGAGUGCAAGUGGUCCAGAAAGGGAUUCAUCAGAACGCGAUGGGCCCUACCUGACUUUUGUUUUGACCUGGUAAACAUCCAUCUUUUCCACGACGCUUCCAAUCUGGUGGCUUGGGAGAAGAGCCCCUCGGUCUACUCUGGAACCAGACAGAAGGCACUGGGCUACGUUUUAGACAGGAUCACGGACCAGCGAUUUGAAAGGGUGCCAUAUUUCGUCUUUGGGGAUUUUAACUUCAGGUUGGACUCAAAACAAGUCAUUGAGACUCUCUGUUCCACCGCCACCAUGCAGACAGUAAGAACCACGGACACCAAUGAAGUCGACAAGCUAAUAUUUAGAGAAAGUGACAAUGACAGAAAGGUCGUCCUUCAGCUUGAAAAGAAGCUUUUUAGUUAUGUCAACCAAGACGUUUUCCGUGAAAACAAUGGGACCUCGCUUUUAGAGUACGACAAAGAACUGUCAGUGUUCAAGGAUCGACUGCAUGAAUUGGAAAUAUCUUUCCCACCCAGUUACCCGUACAGCGAAGACAGCAGUCAGGGGAAGCAGUACAUGAACACCAGAUGCCCCGCCUGGUGCGACCGAAUCCUUAUGUCUUCAUCUGCCAGAGAUCUUGUCUCCAAGCCAGAAAAUGAGGAGAAGUCUCUACUCUAUGAUAAUAUCGGCGCCAAUGUCUGCAUGGGGGACCACAAGCCUGUCUUCCUGUCCUUCCGAAUAACAGCGGGGGCAGGAAAUUGUUGCCAAAGGGGGGAGAACAUAUUCUGUGAAGCGCCUCUGUGAGAACACAAGAAGAGGCACACACCCACACCCACACCAACACACACACUCACACACACACACACACACACACACACGUUUGAACACAGCCACAUGCAAACACAUCCACGCACAUACAUUUUGCACAACCGUUCACUAAAGAAGAAGAAGCUAUCCAAACUUUUCCAGCAGUGCUGAGCAGCCAUCCUCACAGCUCAUUCAGUUGAAAGCACGUCGUUUUCCCUCUCCAUAAAACACUUGUUGAAAAUGUGGACCGGCACCCGAGGGUGUGAGGGCCCCGCUCCAGACAAGACACACAUCGCUGACCUCACCGUUGCCACGCAACCCCACCAACCCACCCCCACCCCAAGCGCCCCUCAGAAAAAGAAAUAGAAGAGGAUGGACGGAUGGGACCGGCCUAAUUGUUGCCAGAACUCUAAUCGAAAAAAAUCGGUCGUGCUACACAUAAUUGCCUUUUUUUUUCCUUUGUCCACACAGUAUGUAAGAAGUUUUUAAGAAAAAAAAGUGCAAUGCAAAUGCAAAAUACGUAUAUCUAUUUGAAUAAGUUAAUUUGUACGUUAGACAGUAUAACAUUAGGCGUGUUGCUGGUUUUAGUGAUCUUCGUUUGAAAUAACUUUUCAGUUUAUUUCAGCCGUCAACAUCUACAUAUAACGUGUGUGUGUGUGUGUGUGUGUGUGUGUGUGUGUGUGUGUGUGUGUGUGUGUGUGUGUGUGUGUGUGUGUGUGUGUGUGUGUUUCUGCCCAAUGCCAUACCUGACCACAUCAUUUGAGUCUUGUUUUAUAUACUGUACUUUUUAAAGAGAGCUAAUUUAUCAUUCUUGUGUUUGGGAGAUCCUUGCAGCCACGGUGACCUUUGAGUAAUGACGAGAAAGUGUCCAGCCACAGUGAUUUAUUCCUCUCCAAGAAUGUUUUAAAGCAGUGCCAUAGACCUUGCAAAGUGUAUAAGAUUUCAUAUAUAGCACUCUCACGUUAUUACCUUAUCAUUCUUACUCUAAUUUAUUUCUCCUUAAUAAUAAUAUGAUUCUGAAUGUAAUAUUUUAGGUAUAGCCGUGGAUGUCCUUCUGUCAAUUUUGUUACUGCUGUUAUGGUGCCAAGUACACAGAAAUGAAGUGUGAAAAUGAUCAGGAUAUGUUUCAAAAAGAAAAACAAAGAGGAGAGUAACUCUAAAUGCAAGAAAAGACCACGUAAAAGAAUUUGCUUUUAUUUGCAUUCCAUGUAGCCUGCAACAGUCUGUUGUGCAGGAAAAAAAGCAUUUCUGCGUGACUGGGAAAGGCUGUUUUGUUUUUUAUGCUUUGAAUUUAUUACACUACACAUGUUAAGUCUUUAGAUUGAUCCUCUGUGAUUUUUGUUUUCAUUUAAAUCACUGCAAGUGGAAAAUAAUUUCGUGCCUGCUGCAUAAUUUGCGUUUUCUUUCUGUGUGAUUUGAACUGUUAGGCAAACAAGUAGGGAUGGAGACAACAACAAAAAAUGCAAAUCCUGCUUGUUUUUGUUCCUGCUGCUCAUUGUGAGUUUACUGUAGGGAUAUAAGCCGCAAUUUUCCUUCACUCCAUUUUACAGUAUCAAAGCAAAUAGAGAUUUUAUUCCAGCCCCUGUGGAGCGCCUCGUGGCCUGCAGGUGAUGCAGUUGUCAAGCAAUAAACAACAUUAGAGCUCAA